CAUACAUCAAAUUUGAUUAAGGCAUAAAAUGGAAGAUACAGAAAAUGGAGUUGUUCAAGCACUAGUGAAACAAAAAGUUGAGGAUAUGCUAACAGAUGUAUUAAAAGAUGAUUUAAAUACUGUCUUAAGUCCUGAUGACGGUGAAAUUGAACCAGGUGAAGUUCCUUCAAUCGAAGGAAUUAGCGACAAAGUUGUAAAUGUUCUAGAUGAUAUUUUAAAACCAGAUAUUGGUCAAGAUGCUUUUCAAAAAGAACUUGAAGACAGUGCAACAAAUGAAGUUGAAAAUCCAUUAAAAAAUAAAAAAUCAUCCAAAUCAACUAAAAAUCCUCCAAAGCGCAAGUUAUCAACACGAAAAAGUAAAACACCUUCAAAAACUGCCAAAAUUGAAGAACCAAGAGAAAAAGUAGAAAUAUUAAACAUUGAUACAAAUCAUGUAGCUGAAAAAUCAGCUUUAAAAAGUGAAAAGUCUGCGCCGAAAAGCAAAAUUAUUAAAACUACAACAUCUGAAACUCCAUUGGUACUACCUAAUCCUGAUAAUUCCUUGAAAUCAAACAAGUUUAUGAAGCAAUCUAAAUCCGAAUUAAAAUCUGUAACAAAACCUUCAAAAAGUAGUAAUCGUCAUUCUCAUAAAGAGCCAACAAAAUCAGAUUCAAAAUCUGAGUCAAAGUUAAAGUCUACAUACAAACCUUCAAAAGAAUCACAAACAUUGUCUUCAGCUAUUGAAGUUAAGAUAAAUAAACCAGAUGCUAUUAAAAAAUCAAAGUCAUCCACAAAAAAAGAAAAAGAUAGUUCAAAAAAAGAUAAAAAGCUUGAGAGUAAAAUUUCUGGUGAAAGUGAUAUUAUUAUUCAAAAAGAGAUGCUUGAAAAAAAAGUUAAAGAGUUGGAAAAAAAGGUGUCAAAACCUUUGUUGAAUGAUAUGGACAAGCCAAAAUCAAAAGAUAAGUCAUCAAAAUCAAGCGAAAAAAAGCAUGUUCAUAGUGAAGGUAAAGAUUCAAAGAGAAGAAUCAAGGAUUCAAAAAUAAAAAAUGAGAAGAAAGAAGAAUAUGUUAAAGUUAAAGAGAAAGUGUUAAGUGAUUAUGUUCAACAUAUGAAAGUUGUUGAUGAAAUUGAUGGGGGAAAACACUCUGAUCACGAAAGUAACUUCUCCCAUGCAAGCUCAUUUUCACAGUCCUUUUCCAAUUCACGAUCUAAUUCUUUUAGUGAUAGCUUCAGUUGCUCCUUUUCUGGCUCUAUCUCAAUGUCUUCAUUUACUGGAUCAAAUUCAUCUCUAGAUUCUAUUGGUAAAAUAUCUAGUGAUAAAAAAAGUAGGAAAAGGAUCAAAGAUUCAGAAGAAGACAAUGUACAAGCUCAUAAAUCAUUCAUUGAUUCCAUGUUAAAAGGUGCACGGUACUUCAUAAUAAAAAGUAACAACCAUGAAAAUGUUACCUUAUCAAAAGCUAAAGGAGUGUGGUCAACACCACCAGCUAAUGAAAGAAAGUUAAAUGACGCAUAUAGGCACUCAACAAAUGUUAUUCUUAUAUUUUCUGUCAAAGAAAGUGGUCGGUUUCAGGGCUUUGCAAGAUUGGCAUCUGAAUCUAAUCAUAAUCAACCUGCAAUUCCAUGGGUAUUACCACAAGGGUUCGAUCGUAAAAUUCUAAGUGGAACAUUUAAAGUAGAUUGGCUAAAUAGAAGAGAAGUUGCAUUUUCUCAUUGUUUAAAUUUGCGAAAUCCAUGGAAUGAAAAUAAAGAAGUAAAAAUAUGUCGAGACGGACAGGAGGUAGAGCCUAGUGUUGGGGAAGUGUUAUGUCGUAUGUUUGAAGAUGACUUUACAAUUGAUUUAUCUCGUAUCGCACGUCACUUGAAACAAAAAAAGAGUUCAAGUGAUACUAAUCAUAAUAGAGAACAUAGUGAUCCUCCAAGGUUUAGGGGCAGUUCUCGUGGAGGAUGGCGAGGUGGUUUUCAAGGAAAUAUUAGAAGUGAAAAUAGCAGUCGAGAUCGUCGCUCCAGCUUUUUCAGAAGAUCUCCUACAGGAUUUAGAGGUAGGGGCAAGUUUGAAACAGAUCGCGAUCGUUCCUACUACAAGUAUGAUCGUUACACUCGUGAAAAUAGUCGCUCGCGUUCUUAUGAUGCUCGACGUAGUGCUCGCGAUAGUCGUGAUAGAAGACAUCGCGAUAAAGUAAAAGAAUUUUUAAAAAAUGAUCGCUCGAAAUUUGGGGUUCGAAAAGAAACAUUACUUAAUGGAUCAUAUUCGGAUUAUGUUAGAGAAUUUCAAAGACACAAGCAAAUGCGGGGUGUUGAUUCAUCAAGUUAUGCUCACACAUCAAACUAUCCUGUAUCAAGUGGGAGGCCUGCACAAUAUGAUCCAACUCGUGUUGCAGCAGAAGAAUUUCUUCGCCAUGCAUCACACAGAAGAUGAUUAAACCGUUGUCAUGAAAAUAAAUAUGUAGAUGCCAUGCGGAAUGCAGUUUUUCAAUUCUGCACAAAAAACAGCGAUCGCAUCAAAUGUACUUGUAUUCAUUUCUUUAUUUGAAUAAUACGAAGUUGAAUUGAGCAGACGUAUUGAAUAGAUAGUACCAGAAUACACUGACAUUUUGAAUGGAUUAAAGAAUAAAUUAAAUAAAUGGACCUGUUUGUAAAAACGAAUACGAUACGAAUGAAAAAUGUAAAAUAUUUUCUAUAAAAAUUUAACGAUACAUAUAUAAA